GAAUUGGCUUCACUAACCCAAUUAGCAAAGGACGCAUUGAAAGCUGUUGAGGAAUCUGUGAAACGAGAGUUCGCUGUUGCAGAAUCUGUGAAAAGUCAGCUUAAUGCAUCAUCACAAUCUCCUACAAGAGGUGUUGCAGAACAGCCCUCAGAUGCUUGCCAGAACAGAGCAAAGAUAGUUAUUACGAUCCAGGACAAGGAUGGACCCAAGCAAUUUAGAGUUUUCGUGGAUGAUAAAUUUGAGAGACUCUUCAAGAUGGAAUCCUUAACUGAGUUGGUGGCUAGACCCCAAGGUUCCAAUGACGACCGAGAUCCUCCAGAAGUACCGGGUUCACAAGAAAUGGACAAAGGGCUAAUUCCCCUAAAGAGCCAUCUUGCUCGAGUUAUCGAGUUUUUACUGUAUAACUUGAAAUUCAAGCCCAACUUCUAUGGACAAGAAUCUCUUCGUUGUGUGUUCAUGAUGAACAAUGUUAGCUCUGUUUCUGAGAUGAUUAAAAGUUCCAAGGAGUUGGAAGAACUUAUUGGCACUCACCUGCAGAUGAAAUUAAGAGAAAAAGUGGAGCUGGCAAAGACUGAUUAUUUCCAUAGAAGUUGGGGCGAUAUGUGCACUUUUUUAAAAGGUGAAGGAUUAAAAUUACAUUUUAAUUGUGAUUUCUUUCCUGGAAGGUCUACAAGAGUUGUGAAAAAAAAGUUCAAGACCUUCAAUAGUAUGUUUGAAGAUAUUCUUCAGACUCAAGAACGAUGGAUAGUACCAGAUCAGCAGCUGCGGAUGAAACUUCUUGAAUGCAUAUUGGCUAAGCUGAUUCCGGCCUAUAAUCACUUUCUUGAGCGGCUAAGCCGAGUACACAAAGUGAAGCGUGUGAGUGAGUACAUAAAAUAUUCUGUCAAGGACUUGGAGACCAAGGUGCUGGAUAUGUUUCAGAAUAAGUAUUGA